UUCAAGCAAUCCCAAAGGUGCUUUUUCAAGAGACAACUGGACUUUCUGGGGUUUUCUUUCUUUUUCUUUGAAGAUGUUUUGCUUCUCAUCCAAGAAGCUUCUUCAGCAAAGAAAAAGCAAAGAAGCUUCUUCAGCAAAGAAAAAGAAAACCAGAAAGUCCAGUUGCAUCUUGGAAAAAGCACCUUUGGGACAACCAUGUUGUCUGAAUGACUGAAAAUCUCCAUAGACAUCUUUAGAGCAAUGUUUUUCCACCUUGGCAACUUAAAGAUAUCAGGACUUCAACUCCUAGAAUUCUGGUGGUUAAAGACCAUACAUCUUAAAAUUGUCAAGAUUGGAAAACACUGCUUUAGGGCAUGACAAAGAGCAUGACAAUUAUAAUGCCCCCACAACAGCAGAGGCAGCAUGACAUUUCCCCAACAACCCACAAUCACUACAUAAUUAUCCAUUGCUACAUAUUAUGUUAUAUACGUUAUGCAAUGGAAACUGACUCAGAUGAGCAAAAUAAAGAUAACGGUGUUUAGAUUUGUUAGUGAACAAAUUUAAAAGAGUGAACAGUGGAAAGAAAGAGCUCUCUUUGGACUUUGAUUAAUUGAAACCAUGUUUAUCAGAUUUUUUUAGGCAAUUUGAAAUAUUUAAAAAUUAAAAUAAUUCUUAAAAAAAAUAAAAGUAGAGCAACAACAUAGUACAAAUUAAUAUAAUUACAGAUGUAAACAUUGUACAAAUAAACAAGUGAAACAAUUCAUGUAAUAGUUUAUUAGGAAUAUCCAAAACUUCACAGGCUGUUUAUAAAAUACCCAUGAAGUGAGGAACUAAUUAGACCACAUGCAUACAUUGCAACACAAAUUCUGCACCAGCUGUACCUGUGUGUGAUAUUGCAACUCAUGUAUCCAAAAGUGAAAUUUACAUCCUGUUUUACAAUGCAUUUUUCAUCAUUCUGACUUUAUAAUAGCUAGCAAAAAAGAAACCAUCCACAGAUACAGUAGCUGGAUAUUUUACAAGGACUGCUGCCACCACAAAAAAGACCCUAUCUCAUAUAUAACUAGCCUAGUAAAUUUUACUAGUAGAUUCAAGUGUAGGAAUUCCAAUCUUAAGAGUCUCAAGUUUCUACAGAGAUGAAAAGUCCCAAAUUAUUUAGUCAUUACACCCUGUUGCCGAUAAGAUAUUAAUCAUCACUUUGGUCCAGCUAUGUUUCAGAUGACUUGGCAGAUUUUACUACCCUAAAAGAACAGUAACAGUAACAGAGCUGGAAGAGACCUUGGAGGUCAUCUAGUCCAACCCGCUGCUCACACAGGGGGAUUCGAACUGCCAACCCUUCUGAUCAACAAGCUCAGUGUCUUAGCCACUGAGCCACCUAGUCAGAGUAUAAAACCACCACAGGAAAUGUUUGAUAACAUGAUUAAGUGGGAUACUGGUGAUACAUAACUCUGCAUUUGUCAAAAUGGUGGUAUUUAUUAUAAAAAGAAGUCAAAAUAUUUUUGGGAUGGGUGAGGAGAUCCAACGAAAAUCUUGUUGAUUUUCUGAUCCAACGUGGAACAGGCAUUAAAAAAAAUCACCAUUAAAAAAAUAUCUUAAAGCUGAUGUAGAGGUGCAUAGGUGGUCACCUGUUACUUUGGAUUAUCUACGUUUCUUCUUUUUCCUCAAAUCUUUUUUAAUCUAUUAAUGCACAGGAGAAACAAACAUGCUUCUGCCUGUAAAAAAAAAAUCUCUUGGUUGAAUGACCUAAGAAUGAAAAUAAAUAUUUCAUGUUCUUCCUGGUCUUUUUUAAUCUAUGUACUUUAAUUGCUGUACAGUCCAUGCCCAUAGACAAAGUUCAAUUGUACGUGGAUUUUAAGUUCCUGAUUAAUAUCAGUUCCUGAUUAAUAUCAGUUCCAGAUUUGCUCAAGAAGUGAUUGAAAUUUAAUAUAACUUCAGUAGGGACCAAUAUUACAUCUGUAAAUGACAUUGUACACAAACAUUAUCUGAAACCUACUGAAAGCAUAUCUAUCUGACAAAGAGUAUACUAUUUUCCAUUGUACUAUAUAUUGGAAAUAAAAAUAUCUUGAUUAUCCUAGCCUAGAAACACAAGAACCAGGAAAAGCAUGCAUAAUAUGGUUGAAUGGAGGAGGUGUGUUAUUUGCUUAUAUCUAUCAGCUAUUCUAGUGAUGUAAAUAUAGCCAAAAUUGGGGAGGUAGCUGCCUUGGGUUGUACAAAGGGAUGUGUGCCUGGGCCAAACAUCCUUUAAAUAUUAACCAGCCUAACCCACAGAUACCCACCCAUCAGGGAAUCCAAUAUGAGGAGGGUGGCAUAUUGGUAGGGUUGGUAUCACAAAUGGCAAUUGUGAAGGAGCAAACCAGAAGGGGAAAAAAUCAUCAGUAUAAGAAGUAAAAGAAGUUAACUAUGAAAAUCAGGAAACACAUUCCCCCUUCCGCCAUUUCAACAUUUUCUAUUUUCUUAGAUAAUGAAUAUGUGACAGUAGUCUAUGGAGAUUCUCAAUCAUCCAGGUCAUGGUUGUCCCAAAGGUACUGUUAAGAAAAAACAGCUGGUCUUCCUUGUCUUUUUGUUUUUUCUUGAAAACAUUUCACUUCUCACCCAAGAAGCUUCUUUAGUUCUUGGGUGAGAAGGGAAAUAUUUUCAAGGAAAAAAAAUUAGAAAACCCAGUUGUCUUUUGAACAGCGUAUUUGUGGUAGUCAGAGUAACUGCAUUUGUACUUAUGCAUACUUUUUACUAUUGUGUGUUUAGGGACCCCCGCCCCCCAAAGGACAUCAGGUGGGAAGAAAACCACCCCAAGAAACAGAAAAACUUCCCACAAAAUAAAAAUCAAGCUGUACUUUCUCGCUGACUAAGAAAGUAACCCGAAGCAUUUUUCGCAACAUCAAAUAUCCAUGAAUGAGAUACUUUCAGAGGGUGGAUUCAGCCAGUUCGGACUGGUUCAGGUGAACCAGAUGUAAAUUUUAUGUCCAGUUUGGUGAACUGGUAGUUUUGAUGACCGGCUGUCCCCACCCACCCCACUCCACCUGUAAUGUAUUUGAAUUUCAGGAGGGAAAUUUGGGCGGGAAAUUGCACGUUGCUGAUUGGCUGAUGCCUCAGCCAAAAUACUAUUUAAAGAGGGGUUUUGCCUGUUGGUUUUCGCUGGGAUCACAAUAAACCAAAGAGCUGUUGUCACUUGUAUCGUCUCCUGCCUUGUCAUUGCCCGAACUUAACAUUGGCGACGAAGGUGGGAUUUUGAAGGGAGUGAGACUAGGGAAAGAGCUGAAGGAGCAACGUAACUUCAAACCCAGCCAGUAUCAAGGGCGGAUACAUAGCGAUGUCUAGCUAUACGCCGCCAGCGCCAUUCGACCCAGCCAAGGAGAAAUGGGGGUCGUACAUGGCUCGCUUCGAGUGUUUCCUCAAAGCUAACGAACUGCAAGGAGUAUCGGAUAAUCGGAAGCGAGCCUACUUCCUGAGCCACUGUGGGCCAGAAGUCUUCGAUACUGCCGAAUCGCUGUCGGAACCAACGGCGGUACAGUCGGUGCCAUGGCAAACGCUACAGACGAUGCUACGAGCACACUACGCGCCGGUGCCAUCGAAGUUUAUACAACGGUUCGAGUUGAGGCAAAGAGUUCAGCGAGAGGGUGAAUCGAUAAGUGUGUACAUGGCCGCAUUAAGGAAAGCCGCAAACCACUGUGAGUAUAGAGACUUGGAGGACUCUUUAUUAGAACAACUCAUUUGUGGGGUCAGGGACAUCCGACUACAGAGGCGGCUGCUGUCGAAAAGCAACCUAACCCUGGCGAUAGCCCUGGAUGAGGCCAAGGCACACAAGAUGUCCACCAAAGCAGCAGAAACCUUACAAAAGCCGAACACGCCAAAUGCCGCGGCGAAAGCAACGCCAGUCCACAGUGAAGAAAUCCAGGCCGAAUCGGACGGUGAAGAAGAGGAAGAGGUCUUCCACAACGGGAGGCCGGAGAGAGGCGACCGGGACGAGUGCGUGAGUUGCGGAGGCCAACACCAAUGACAGAAUUGCAGGUUCAAAGACGCAAUUUGUCGGCGUUGUGAAAAGAAAGGACACAUAGCUCAGGCCUGCCGAGCCUCUCAACCUUCCCGCCCAAAAUUCAAACCGGCCAAUCAACAGGGCGCCAGAUACGCAAAGCGGCCAGGGAUUGGUCAAUUCAAAAAUGGCGCGAAGUUGAAUCAGACCACUGUGAGAGUGGGCCACGCAUCGACACGGCUAGAGAAGAAAAUAUUCACCAAGACACACAUCGAAGGAGUGCAGUGUAAAAUGGAGGUGGAUACCGGCUCAUCAAUCACAAUUAUGUCUUGGGACACAAUCACAAGGGACCUACCAGACGUCACGAAACGCCAGCUGCAACCCCAAAAGCUGAGAGUGCAAGACUACCAGGGGAACCGAAUCCCUGUUCGAGGGGUCACGUCUGUCAGAGUGAAAUAUGGACAAUUCAAGAAAACCCUGCCGAUCACCAUCGUAGAUGGAAACCUGCCCAGUUUGCUAGGUCUGGACUGGUUCAGAGCCUUGGGCAUGGAAGUAACCGGGAUUCACAGAAGCGGAGUCAACCUAAAGGACGAAUUGUUGAGAGAAUUCGAGGACGUUUUCCAAGACUGCCUGGGCAACUAACUCAAGCCCGAGGCGAUCGGAGAACUUAGCUGACUCUGAAGAAGUCCAGCGACACCAACCGGCUCCUCCAGAGGACAGCAGGGACGACUCUGCCAA